AAUAGAUAGGUGUUUUCUACCAGCUGCUUUGUCCUUAUGGAAAGGUGUUUUCUAACUUCACCUACAUAUCAAAUCCAUCGCACUUUGCGUAAUCCUUCUACAUUCCAAAAUUGAAGUAACUGUAAUAUCUACCCAAUUAUGGAACCCUCUCCCGAAGAAAUUUCGGAUCCCUUUUUAGAAGAUAUAAUUACCAAUGAAAUAGUUGCUAGAAGUAACGCUAUCUACCCAAUUAUGGAACCCUCUCCCGAAGAAAUUACGGAUCCCUUUUCGGAAGAUAUAACCAACGAGAUAGUUGCUAGAUUACCUGUCAAAUCUUUUCUCAGAUGUAGGAGUUUGUGCCGGGCUAUGCGCGAUUUACCCCACAACCCUGCCUUUGUUCACAAGCACCUGCAGUUUUCAUCUCAAAGGAAUCCCAAUCUCAUCCUCACUGAUACCAUAUGCAGAGACAAAGGUAACAAUCUCAACACAUUGUACUUUGUACACAAUGAAGAAACCCCGAAUCGGUACUCUUGUCAUAAAGUCAACUUAGAGAAACCGAAAUUCCAAGAAUUUCGAGUUGUGGGUUCUUGCAACGGUCUGAUAUGUUUGGUGCAUCCUACGAAGAGGUACGAGAUUUAUAUCUGUAAUCCUUGUACUGGAGAGCAUAUCAAAAUUCCCCGACCAGUUAGCAUGGAGGACAGGCCUGGUGAUAUUGUCGUAGGAUUUGGUGUAGUCCCAAUGACCAACAAAUACAAAGUACUCGCGAUUGUAAAUUUCCCCCUGCAUAACGAUUUUAAUCCCUUUCACGAAAAGGUAUUCGUGCAUACUCUUGGGGAUACCGGUUGGAGAUUUAAAGACAAUACCUCUGUUCUUUGUUUAGGACACUCGGUUUGCAAAGCAUUUGUGAAUGGAGCUCUUCAUUGGGUCCGCGGUUCUAGGGAAAUUGUUUCAUUCGAUAUGGACACUGAAGAAUUCGAUGUUGUUCCGCGUCCUCAACUGGAAUUAGGACGCGGGAGUUUUAUCCUUAGAGCGUUCAAAGGGAAGCUUUUGAUUUUGAAUACAUCAUUUGCCGAUCGUAUAGAGAUAUGGAUCAUGGACGAUUAUGGCAGUGUAGAGUCUUGGACUCAUAUUUUCACUAUAAAUGAAGAGCAAAUUGGGCGAAACAUCAGGGACGUUGAAAUUGUGUGUUUUCUUGAAGAUUGGGAAGUUUUGAUGGUGUAUGAUCAUCGGGCCCUACUUCGUUAUGAUCUCCAAAUGGCAUCAUUGAGUGAGCUUAUCGACAUUGGUGGUCUUCCAAAUCGGUUUGAUGCAGUUGCUCACGUUGCGACUCUAGUUUCGCCUCUGCUCACAAGAGAUGGAGAAAUGUAACUACUGCGGCUGCGGGAAAAAUAUAUGUAUUUGCAUAAUAAGUGCAUGUUUUGCCUAAAAUAGUUGGAAAUAAUAAGAUUGGAAAAGAUUGUGCACGCAUCCAGAUAUAGAUAUAUCCAGAACCCUCAAACAUGUGGACCUCAAAUUACUUUUGCAGACUUCACGUAAAUCGGAUAAUUUCAAAUACAUCU